AUGGUGGAGAACACCUGCGUGAAGCUGACGGCACGCUACGUGGAGUACGGUGUUAACUUCGCAGAGGACAGCGACCGUCUUGCUGCUUUCCUGGAAGAACGCACGCAUCCCUCCCGCCGAGAAGUCACAGUGGAGGGGAUGGACAGCGAAGGCAAUGCCGUCACUCACACCUUCGAGUUGCACGAGCUGGAAAUCCCAGGCGUGGAGUCACCACCGGAUCUGGAAUCGUGUGUGCGGCUUGCCACCAAGUUUGCGAAGGAAGUGGUUAGCCGCCUCAAGUUCCGGUUUAAGAGCUUGGCGACCAUGGUUGGUUCCAAGCUCUUUCUGCCCGACGCCUAUCCACACAGUGCUGCAAAGCGUGAUUGCAUCACUGGGGAGUGGUUCCACUCCCUUCGCACGCUCUUCAACGGCGAUAACUGUGCUUUGCCUGCGCACUCUCACGCGCUCCCUCACGCGCACUCUCUCGCGCAUUCUCUCUCUCACGCACUCUCUCGCGCUCUCUCUUCCGCGCUCUCUCACGCGCUCUCUCGCUCGCACUCUCACUCGCCCUCUCACGCACUCUCUCACGCACACUCUCACGCGCACUCUCACGCGCUCUCUCACAUGCUCUCUCACACAAUCUCUCAUGCGCUCUCUCACGGGCUCUCACGCAUUCCGUCGCACUCCCUCUCGCGCACUCUCUUGCGCAUUCUCUCUCUCACGCGCUCUCUCAUACACACUCUCUCGCACACUCUCACGCGCUCUCUCACGCGCUCUUUGAUGCAAUCUUUCACGCGCUCCUUCACGCGCUCUCUCACGCACUCUCUCACGCGCUCUCUGACACGCGCUCUCUCACGUGCUCUCUCACGCACUCUCUCACGCACUCUCUCACGCGCUGUCUCACGCGCUCUCUCACGGGCUCUCACGCACUCCCUCACGUGCCCUCUCUCGCGCACUCUCUUGCGCAUUCCCUCUGUCACGCGCUCUUUCUCGCGCACCCCCACGCGCUCUCUCACGCGCACUCCCACGCGCUCUCUUACGCGCUCUCUGACGCACUCCCUCACGCGCUCUCUCACGCGCUCUCUCACGCGCUCUCUCACGCGCACUCUCACGCGAUCCCUCACGCGCUCUCUCACGCGCUCUCUCACGCGCUCUCUCACGCACUCUCUCACGCGAUCCCUCACGCGCUCUCUCACGCACUCUCUCACGCGCUCCCUCACGCGCUCUCUCACGUGCACUCUCACGUGCUCUCUGACGCGAUCUCUCACGCGCUCGCGCUCUCUCACUCGCACUCUCACGAGCACUCUCACGCGCACUCUCACGCGCACUCUCACACGCACUCUCACACACACUCUCACGCGCUCUCACACGCUCCCUCACGCGCACUCUCACGCUCUCUCACGCGCUAUCUCCAGCGCUAUCUCACGCACUCUCUCACGCGCUCUCUUACGUGCUCCAUCACGCACUCUCUCACGCGCUCUCGCACGCGCUCUCGCAUGCGCACUCUCACGCGCUCCCGUGCACACGCUCCCCCUCGCACUCCUCUAG